CAUAUGCCUCUCCCAUAUUUCUCUCCCGUUCUGCCAUGUCCAAGCACAGGCUAUCCCCAGUGCCUCUGCCGCCCGCGAAGAGGCUGCAUAAUACUCGGCUAUGGUCGCAGGAGCAUCGUCUUAUCGCAACAUUUGACAAUGCGCUCUAUGAUGAACUCAUUCUGUUUAUCUUCUCGUUCCUGAACUCUCGAGAUCUCUGUGCCAUGCAAGCGACGAACAGCAAUUGUGCCAGGCUUUCGAGCGACAACCAGCUCUGGAAAGCCUUGUUUGUCAGAGAGUAUGGCAAAACACGGCUGAGGGGAGGCAAAGGGUUUUACGGUCGAACAGAUGGAAGAUCAGUUAAACCCCUUCCUUCGAGAGCUUCCGUAUCCACGUCGUCAGCUGAUGACGCUCUGGACUGGAAGUGGAUGUAUCGUAUCAGCUCAAACUGGAAGAACGGACGUUGUGCUAUCGAGAACUUCACUAACGCCGAGGAGACACAUCAGGCCGAAGCACCACUGGCCUUUCCUCGUCAGCACGUUAUAUUGGCAGGCGGAUUCACCAUAUCGUCGACGGAGUCCGGUAGAUCCUCACUGCUAGUACGAGACAACAAUGGCGUAUCGCGCACUCUGCUUUGCAGGUCUACUCUAGCUACUUCCACAGCAAACAUAUCUGCUGUAGCACUCGAUCAAUCUCCACCUUCCUUAUCUUCCUCCCACGUCCUACGCCUGGCUGCUUUCCUGACAACUGGAGAAUUCAGUAUAUUCGAACACGAUCACUCUUCCAUGUCCUUAACCACCUCUCCAAAGCAAACCUACGUCCCUUCGUCCCCUCACCGUGCUUCUCCAGUGACUCACGCAGCCUACAAUCAUCCGUUACUCGUCACGUUGUCGCACUCGUUUACGCUCAUGAUAUACGACCUGAGCAAUGAUUGUAUCACCCACACUCAAACACUCACGUCUUUCACCAGUCAUCCGCCUACAUCGCUCGUACUCUCUGCCAUACCUUCGGCAGCAUCUUACAAGCUUAUAAUGGCCUACGCUAUCCCUGUUUAUCCCUCUCACUGGAGCGUGGGUGCCACAGAACUCAUCAUAUCUCCGUCGGGUGUUAUACCUCGUAAACGAACAUUCGUUCCAUCCUCCAGCGAGUCAUCACAACUAGGGCCUUUUGAAGUCAGCGUCACCAGGUCUGCCCGUGCUUUUGACGUCCCGCAAGGGUGGAUAGACGAGCAGAAACUGCAGCUUAUGCGUGAUCAAUGGGGCCGGAAAGUGAAACAAGUUGCAGAUACACAAACGGACGGGAAAUGGGUCGUUCUAGCCCCUGGAGACGUGACCGAUGUCUCUCCAAUAUCUCAAGGGUCUUCAGAAGCUGGUACAGCACCCCAGCAGCCACAUCUGCAGCCACCAUACAUCUCACCUCCGAGCCACUCGUCGAGCCAUCUACAGUUAUACCGUCUCCAUGUGCCCCCGGUCUCGAGUUCGUCAGUCCAUACACCGAGGUUGACGUUUGUCCGGACUCUGCAUGGACCCUCGGGUUCCGUUUCUGCGCUCUCUCUUGCAGACGGUCGGUGUGUCAGUUUGAAUACAAACGGGGCGAUCUGGGUGUGGGACCUUGAAGGUGGAAAUGGAACUGAGGUAGCUGGCCCUGUCGAGGGCAGCUUCGCAGGAACAAUCAGUGCAAGUAAAUAUGGUACUAUUGCAUUUGACGAGCGAAGGAUCGAACGAAGAUUUGAUAUCUAA